AUGAAAAACGUUGCUAGCCAUUUAUUUCGUGGUAAACAAGCCUCAUCAACAACACCAACACUCUCUUUCUCUCGGUUUUUCAGAGGUGUAGUUUUUGGUGUUGAUACACUUGGUUCAGACUCUAACCUCUCGCUUCGGAAAUCUUUGUCCAAUCAUCACCAUACAAGGAACACUUCGGUACGCUCUUUCCAUACAUUAUCUUCCUUGUUGGCAAAAGAUGAAGUAACAACAAAAAGUCUUUCUUCUUCUACCGGACCGGGAGGAAAUGGAAGUGGUGAUGAGCACAACCAUGUAGAACAACCAACCGCUAAUAAUGACAAUUCUCAAGCGUCUAAAAUUGUAGCCCUCUCUUUCAACCAGUACAAGAAAUGGACAGCCCAAGAAGUUGCUUCCAUUUUGACUUUGGAUGAUGACGCUGGUGGAGCCGCAUUGUCCGUUGAUGAUGUUAAACCUCUCGUUGAAGCUGGUUUCAAAGGAAACUCUCUUGAUAACAUUGUAAAGGAUAUCAAAGAGGUCGGAAGGCUAGCUGCUAUUGCCUCCUUGACUCAAAGCAAAGACUGUACUCAAGUUCCGUCAAAGCAAGCUCAGCCUUUCUAUGAUGCAAAAUUUGAUGGAACAACUCUCUCAAAGAUUGUGUACGAACUCGAAAAAGCUCAACAAAAUGGGAAUGAACUCUCUGCAAAUGAUAUCGUGAAACAAAUUUUUGAAAACCAGAUUGAUUUAUCCACUUGCACAACUGUCGUGAAUUGGAUAAAAGACAAAUUGAUAGAGAAAAAUAAGAUACAAUUACCAUUAUUGAAAAUCGUUUCUAAACACUCAAAACCGAAAUACAUUCCAGACAAAUAUAUAGAGAUAAUUCCAAAUUUUUCUGAUGAAGAAUUGUAUUUAUUGCAAGAGAUCAGUGAGCUAAAAUUGAGAGAUUUAUCACAUGUUCACCAUGGCUUAGAUCGCCUCAUUUUCAAUGACAUGCUGAAUAGAGAACAAGCAAAACAAGCAAUUUUAGAUUUAAGUGCAAGACAAUACGAAGCAAGUCAACAAGAAAAAAUUAACAAACAAGACUUAACUUUUUUGAUUGCCAAAGGUGGAAGUGGGAGUGGGAAGACUCGUAUUAUGUCUGAGGUUGUCAAAAUUCUUUCGAAGGCCGAACCACAAUAUAUUUUUAAGAAUUCUUCAAUCAUUUACUUUAACUUUACAAAUGGAUUUGUUUUGCAAAAUGAUGUUGAAAGAGACAGUAGUAUUAUUUCUUUAAUCUCAUCGAGAAUCAUUUACGCUGCUUUUGAACAAGGAGAAGAAAUUGCAAAACGAAUACCAAAAAUAACUAAUGAUUAUUUUUUAUAUGAACUUCUCCGAAUUAUAAGCUCAAAAUUGCACGAACAAUUGAAAGUCGAGCAAUCGAUGCCAAUACCUCUUAUUCUCGCAUUUGAUGAAUAUCAAAGAGUAACCAGACUGAAUCAAAAUCUGAAUACACAAUUACAACAUAAAAUUGGAUGGUAUAUGAGACACUUUCAGAAAAAACAGGGAUUAAUUUUAUUUCCAUCAUUCUCAGGAACGUUAAUGGAAUCCGAUGCCAAAUUUGAACCAACUGACUACCAAAUAAGAACUGUCCCAUUACCAUCAUUGCGACAAGAGGAUGUCGAAAUUAUUAUGAAAGAGCAAGAUUUAAUAGAAUUUUAUACACCAAAGUAUCAGAUUUUUUGGAGUAUCAUUGGUGUUGUCCCUAGACAUUUAGAAUGGGCAGUUAGAUUUGCCAAAGAAAUUAAAAACAAUACAACUAUGCCACUAGAAACAAAAAUAAGCAAUAUUUACGGUAAUGUUGUGAAAGAGGUGUAUAAGAUAUAUCAACCAAACGAUGAAGUAGAUGUUUAUCAAUAUCUAUCCAUACUUACUCUUUCAGGAUUUCCAUAUAGUACUCACAAAGCUCUCAAAUAUGAUAGUAGAGUUGAAGAAUUAACUAGCCAAGGUAGAAUUUACAAAACUAAUGACCAUAUUGGAUUACCACUUCCUGCUAUUGAUAUACUUUCAGAAUCAAAUGAGAAAAUUCCAAAAAGCUUAUUCAACGACUUUGUUUAUACUUCAACAAAACCGGAUUGGGAAAAAUUCGAAGAGCUAUGUUUGAAAACAAUUACCUGCAAACUGAACUAUAUUCUCAAACUGAAACCAAUUGAGCCUGUAAAUACUUUUACUGUCGGUGAACUUUUUCAAGGAGCACAUAUGACAGAUAAGCUUGCUCAUAUGACUUUGACCACCAAUAUUGGCACAAAAGCCUACUACCGUUAUGUUGAAGUUGUAGAAACAAUUUCUAAAUCACUUGUUCAGAACGAAAACAUGCAUAAUGUAAUCACAAAGGCAAAACCGAAUCAACAAGGUAUUGAUGGAUUUUUGCCUGUAUUUGUUUCUGGUGGGAGGAAAGUGUUAUUUGUAGUUCAAAAUAAGUUUAUGAAUGAUGAUUCACAAAUAAGGACACUCGAACCCAAACAAUUAUGUGAUUAUUAUAACAAGGCACUAUUGGAUAUUGAAGGUUAUGAUAUUUACCCAGUAAUUUUUUCGAGAAAAAAAGUCUCUGAUAACACAGCGAAAAGUGUUAGAACAGGAAUAAUUCCAACUUCAAAAGAGACACCAUGUCCUAAAUUAAUUUUGGUUUCUGGAGAUUGUUUUGAUGCCUUUUUCCAUCCAUUCAUUGCCAACAUUCUCAAACUUAGGGAAAAAUCUUAUGAGGAGUAA